GUGUUUUCUUACCCAUUGUGCGAAGGACUCGGUCACAUUCCUCGUUUGCAGUUGCUGCCUGGGUUUGAAUUACUGUGUUACCCUUCCGUUAGUCGAGGCACGAUGAGUGAAGGCUUCAUUUCUCAGUCAGUGAUCAUAGGGGCAAGUCAGACGGGAAUGUCUAUGCUCCGUUGUAUCUCGUCUGAGUCAUUAUCUAAUGAUGAAGUGGGAUGGCGAUAUCUGGUUGAUCAGGGGAGAGGAUUCUGUUUGAGCCGAAGCGGCGGAAAAGACGAACCCUUAAUGAUCGGUACGGGAAGCAGGGAUCAAGAAAGAUUAAAUAAAAGAUUCAUCCAGCUGGACUUUCCAGAUUUCAAUGUCCGAAAUCUCUUGGCAUCCAAUCAGACCCCGAGAAUGGUUCGAUAUUACGAUAAUUGGGUUAGCGCCUACAUUACUCGGAUGAAAAUCUGCCCGUGCAUAAUUCUCUCAGGAGAGAAAACGUCCACCAAAGCUUGGCAUAAAAUAAAGAAAGUAGGAAUGUACAGUAUGAAGCCUUUGUCCAUAGAGGCAAAAGGUGGCGUGUGGCAUUUAGUCAUCGAUACGGCGACGAGAUUACCCGGUGUUUCUUUGUGACUGCAGUUGCACUGCUACCAGUACUAAAGGGAUCCGCAUACCCCAGACCGCGUCCCGACCUUAAUCUAUUCCAGAACCCUCUCAAGAUUUGGUGUUCGACGUUCGUCUUCGUCUUCGGUCCAAGACCCUCUUUCCAGCAAAAUCCAACCAGUCACAGACUGUCAAAGCCUCGUCGGACAUUCGAAG